CGCAUACAGUGGAGACGGGAAUGUUUCACCAACCCCCUCCUGGUCGCAUUGAAACAUGAUUACCUGUAGUGCGUCAAUGAAUUAACACACACAAAGGCGCUUAAGCUGUCGACACACAUUGGCAAAAGACCGUCUUUGUUGAACGUAACUGAACCGUCCAUAGAAAACAUGUACACAGGGUCGCUCCGAGAACGUGUAUCAACAAAAACGCCGGGACCUAGGCAAACAAUUAUUAAACGGGCCGGUGACGAAACACAAACAUACCGCUACAAUGAGGCAGAAAUCACAAUAGAUUUCUCCAACAAGAAGGCAGAUCGAGUUGCGGACAAGCUCAGCGCAGAUCUGGUCCCCGUGGAGAACGGGGCUAGCCUGGCCCUCCGGAACGCUCGCUGCGUCAACCGUGGCGUCCAGCGUCGCAUGAUGACCCGCGUGAAGGGCAUGAUGAAGGCACUGGAGUACAACACAAAUAAGAUUGAGAGCGAACAGAAGGAUCUUUUGGAAGACUUCCUCACUAAGUACCCUCAGAUGGAGAAGCGAGUGGCGUUCAUGUUCCGUGACAAGUCCGGGACGAUGCGACGACUUGGUCUCCCUCGGGGUCUCACUCGGGACAAACUUGUCUACGUUCGGAAUCUCGGCACGAAAGAUUCCCCCGAAAAAGAACCGGUUCCCCUCGAAUACGAGCUUGUAUAUACUAAGACAAAAAAGGACAAGGUACGAGAAGCGCAAGGAAGUUUGGAUAAGGAAAUUAAACCAUUCUUGCCCGCUGUGAAAAAUGGAAACAAUCAAAUGUUUACUGGGAACGGUGCUUUACAAGGCGGUAGUGCCUCCCAUCCUGUUAAGACUACAAAGAAGUCUCGGAAAAAACAAACAUCGCCAGACCUGACUUUAGUUUCGAAAUCCCUUCCGUCCAUCCCCGAAGAGAAAGGAGCCCAGGGGAAAGAAGACUCAUGUAAAAACACUUCACAGUCUGCUGAUGACAGUGAAGUUAACACCAGGGAGCUACAAAUGAAACGCGUUGUGCCAGCUUUUAAAGUGAGCAACUUUGUCUUGACGGAUUUCGGAUUCCACCCACCACGAACGGAUCCUUACAUCCACCCCAAUUUUAAAAGGAAAGAAGACGUUGAACGAGAAAUCGAGCACGCGGCCCAACGUCAUAUAUACGCCAGUCAAAUACCUAGUCAAAGCUAUCGUGGCGGCAAAACGGAACGGAACGUUAACAGUCUACGCAAAACCAUCACCGGCAGAGUAGCGACCCUGGAUCCCGCUUUGGGAUCGGGUUUAGCGGGUAAUGGUCAAAAUUCAAACCCGGUGAAACUGACUGUCCCGAACAACCAAUACGUGAUGAAGAAAACGAAACCGAAACCACUCCCGCCCAUAGAAAGUAAGCGACACGGCGCCGUGAUGUUUCAGUUAGGCUCCAGUAAGGCUGCACAUAUGGAGGGGUUUAAACUGCUGUGAUUUGCGUGCCACGGCUC